AUGACUGAGUACUACGAGGAGGGGGGGCUGCUGUAUGAGCAAUCACCUCCCAUGCACAUCAAAGUGGAGUCUCCAGAGGGACCCUUUGGAGGGGGAGCUUCAGAGAACGGCUUCCCCAGGGAGGAUGAGGACUCGGAGGGCAGCUGCGACCAGAACCCGACCUUGCCUGGUGGACUCCCCUUCAAUGUGGUAGUGGUGCAUCCGAACAUCAUGGCGCCUGGCAUGUCCUCAGACGACCUCUUGUCCAUUGAACAAAACAGAGCCAUGUCAGCUGCACUGGCUGCUGGCAGCGCAGGCAAGCGGAAGAGUCGUUUCAGCGGAGCAGAGCUGGAAGUGUUGGUGUCUGAAGUCACUCGGUGUGAGGGCGAACUCUUCGGUCCUGCUGGGAGACUCCGGCGGCGAGAAAGAGAGCGAAUCUGGGCCGGAAUCUUGGAAAGAGUCAACGCCGUGUCCAGAGUGCCGCGCACCCUUCGAGAGGUGAAGAAACGCUGGGACGACUUGAAGAGGCGAAAUGGAGGCAGGCUGGCGGACGCUCGUCAUCGCAGCUGUUAUCUACCAUCCAGCAGGGCAGCCUCGAUGCUCGGAUGUUCCUCCCAGCCAAGCCCCAGGCUUCAGCAAACAAGGCAGAAGCAAAGCAUCAGACCAAAGCCCAGCUUCCCUUGCUUCCCUGACUCAGACGCAGGUGUAGGAGUGGAGGGAUCAGAAAGAGACUGUUUGGAGAAAGAAGAGGACAAUCAUGAGCGUGACAUAGGAGAACCAGAGUGUGACCCAGUAGACAACAGCAUGGAUGACAAACUGGGAUUAGGACUGGGUCUGGGAAUAGGACCGCCCCCUCCAUCUGAACGAUGGCUGCCUCCUUCUCCUCUCUACAGUGCUCCUUUUCUCAAUGGCAGCCCUCAGCCCAGCAGUCCCCAGACAUCACUCGGAGCACAGCAGGGUCCUCUGGAAGCCCCCCCACGUAGCUCCUGGCUUGAGGAUGAGCUUCGAGGGUUAGGGGAAGCUGCCAUUCAGCUGGGAAAUCGGGUAGAAAAGAGCCUCCGGGAAUUCGGCGAAGGCUUCUGGGAGUGCUCGAAGCCCAGCAACAACCACAGCCUCAGCAACAUCGUGCGCAACAAGUGCACUCGUCCCAAACGCCUCAACAGCACUUACAGCAUCUCCAGCCUUUAG